CCUCUCCAGGAAGCGGAGCAUGGCCGACAUGAACGACCUCAACCCCAAGUCUCUCUUUGCCGAGAUAAAGACUACAGAUGUUCAACUUGUCCUACAAGAGGAGAUGACUGGGAUUACAGAGCUGGAGGAAAAACUCCUAGAGCAAAGAAUAUUCGAAAAACAGACACGUAUCAGUUGUCUUAUGAAAGAACUGUCCAUCCUGCAAUCCCAACUGGAAGAAACAGAGGAGACUACACAUACUUUUAAAGCCGAAGUGAACAUUCUCAAAGCCUCGGAAAAACCAGACGCAAAGGGGCACGUGGUGAAGCAGGAGGCGUUGCAAGUUACGCCUGUCCAAAGGAAAGUUCCGGAGAGGAUUAAGAAGAAGGUUGAUGAACAGUCCAGAUCAAAGGUUCUCCAAGUCACUCAAGUCAAACAGAAGGCCUCUGAAGGCCCCAAGCCUACUGGCAAUGAACCAAACGCGAACUCACAGGAAGUGUCGCAAAUCUCCACCAAUCAUGUGAAAGCCCCCAAAGGGUUCAGACAGACCAAAAAGAAAGCUGUAGAGGCACAUUCACUAGGUGAUAAAAGCAAGGUGGAUUCCCUUAAAGGCCCCAAAACUGUCAAAUAUGAGAGUGGGGAAAUUGCACAUGCCUCUACUACACAAGGGGGCACUUCAAAAAUACCCAAGAAUAAUAAAAAGAGAGGGGAACAGUCGACUUCCGGGGUGGUUUCACAGACUGUAAAAAAGACACGUAGCAAAUUCAAAGGUCCAGAGUCGACUGAAUAUGGUGGAAAAGGAAAUUCCCAGGUUACAUUGCAAGGCACACAGAGCACAACAAAAGCUGCAAAGGUGUCAAAGAAGAAAAACCUAUCAGAGGGUUCACAAGCUUCAACCAAACCCAAGGUUCAAGCACCAAAAGCUGCCACUGGCAGACGAGGCAAGGCCACAGCAGUCACACUUAAAAGCUCCCAAAAAAUUGACAGAAAAGUCACCACUGUUCAAGAUGUUCAAAGCAUGUCAAAUGCUGUACACUUUGAGGAAAGUACUGUACACUUACACAGUCAGGAAAUUGUUCAACUCAGCAUCAGUCCAGCUAAGACCUCCAAAGUGCUCAGGAAGACCAGAAAGGCUGAUGGGGGAUCAAAACCACCAGAGGCUUUGCAAGGUUCAACCAAACCCAAGGUUCAAGCGCCAGAAGCUGCCACAGGCAUGAAGGGUGCAGCAGGACUGGUUCCCACUGAAGGAGUCAGACGCUCAAAGAGAAUUGCCAGCAAAAUCACCACUGUAAAAUGAAUAAGGUUUUACGUUAUUUUAAUUUUUUUAUCGAUUUAUCUGUAGAAUCAGUUAUAGUUUGGUUGUUAAUAAAGUAAAAGAUGAAGA